UUUUCAGCUCCUUAGUGAAUUUUUGGAUGAAGCCAUCAAAUUAAUGCUUACCAUCAUGAGCAGAAGCAAACGUGACAGUAAUUUUUAUAGUGUGGAAAUUGGGGAUUCUACAUUUACUGUCUUGAAACGGUAUCAGAAUUUAAAACCUAUAGGCUCAGGAGCUCAAGGAAUUGUAUGUGCAGCUUAUGAUGCUAUUCUUGAAAGAAAUGUUGCAAUCAAGAAGCUAAGCCGACCAUUUCAGAAUCAAACUCAUGCUAAGCGGGCUUAUAGAGAACUAGUUCUUAUGAAAUGUGUUAAUCACAAAAAUAUAAUUGGCCUUUUGAAUGUGUUCACACCACAGAAAUCCCUAGAAGAAUUUCAAGAUGUUUACAUAGUCAUGGAGCUCAUGGAUGCAAAUCUUUGCCAAGUGAUUCAGAUGGAACUAGAUCAUGAAAGAAUGUCCUACCUUCUCUAUCAGAUGCUGUGCGGAAUCAAGCACCUACAUUCUGCUGGAAUUAUUCAUCGGGACUUAAAGCCCAGUAAUAUAGUAGUGAAAUCAGACUGCACUUUGAAGAUUCUUGACUUUGGACUGGCCAGAACAGCAGGAACGAGUUUCAUGAUGACACCAUAUGUAGUAACCCGUUACUACAGAGCCCCUGAGGUCAUCCUAGGCAUGGGCUACAAAGAAAACGUUGACAUUUGGUCAGUUGGGUGCAUCAUGGGAGAAAUGAUCAAAGGUGGUGUUUUGUUCCCAGGUACUGAUCAUAUUGAUCAGUGGAAUAAAGUUAUUGAACAGCUUGGCACGCCAUGUCCUGAAUUCAUGAAGAAACUACAACCAACCGUAAGGACUUAUGUGGAAAACAGACCUAAAUAUGCUGGAUAUAGCUUUGAGAAACUCUUCCCUGAUGUACUUUUCCCAGCUGAUUCAGAGCACAACAAACUUAAAGCCAGUCAGGCAAGGGAUUUGUUAUCCAAAAUGCUGGUCAUAGACGCAUCUAAAAGAAUCUCUGUAGAUGAAGCUCUCCAGCACCCCUAUAUUAAUGUCUGGUAUGAUCCUUCUGAAGCAGAAGCUCCACCACCAAAGAUCCCUGACAAGCAAUUAGAUGAAAGGGAACACACAGUGGAAGAGUGGAAAGAAUUGAUAUACAAGGAAGUUAUGGACUUGGAGGAAAGAACCAAGAAUGGAGUAAUACGGGGUCAGCCCUCUCCUUUAGCACAGGUGCAGCAGUGAUCAGUGGCUCUCAGCACCCUUCGUCAUCUUCAUCUGUCAAUGAUGUGUCUUCAAUGUCAACAGAGCCAACAUUGGCAUCUGAUACAGAUAGCAGUCUAGAAGCAUCAUCUGGACCUCUGGGCUGCUGUAGAUGACUAAUUAGGCUUUGGGCGGGUGGGAGGGUCGGGAGUCAUUUAGUCAUUGAUAGAACUACUUUGAAAACAAUUCAAUGGUAUUAUUUUGAGUGAUUUUUCAAAAAUGUAGAAUUCAUUUUGUAGUAAGGUAGCUUGGUUUUUAAAAAUUUCAAGUGCUGUAAUUUAAAACCGUAAAUUCUGUUUAAAACAGCAACAAAACUGUAUUGUAAUUUUUUUUGUUGUAAUUACUUGUAUAAUGUAAACCUAAUUAUUUUAUCAUGGUUUAAAUUUUUUGCAUAUUUUUGCUUUAUCUUAUGCUGCUGAUUUUUUUUUUUACUGAAUUUGUAAAAUUUUGUUUAUUGAAGCAAUUAUUAUGUGGUGACUUGCCUAUAUCAUGAAUUAUUUAAGAUUUUUAUAGUUUUUUUUAAAUUAGAAUUUAUUUCAUAUGUGUUGUUCAUGAUGCUGUCCUUCAGGGGUGUAUGUGUAUCAGUAACAGAACCCCCGAGGAGUGAGGGAAAAUAACCCGUAGCCAGUAAUAUUCAGGAAUAACUACUGUAAAUGAGGAACAUGUUAAGAAACCUCCAAUAUUUUCUACUUACCAAUUCUAUUUUAGUUAAGACAAGUAGUAGAUUCUCCUACCUGAGUUUUGGGAAAUCGCCAGCUUCUAAAGACUCAGAGCAUGUCUUUAAAGAUGCUGGGUAUCUACCACUACCCAUCUCUUCACCCAACCUCACAAAAGUGAAAUAAGAAUAUGGUGUAUUCUGCAAAUUUGUGGCAUGCUCAAAGCUUUUGAUCAUUUAAAGUCGAGGAUACUUCAUGAAUAAUACAUUUCAAUGCAAAUAAACAGAUGGUUCACUUCUCUUAGCUAUGAGCCUGUUUUGUACACACUGAGUUAAUCUACUCAGGCUGUAGGUCCCUGAAGUGGUCUGGAGUUCAGUCUUUUCCUUUCCUGCAGUCUUGGGCCCUUGGACCUUUCUGGUUUCCUAUUACUUGGGAGUCAGUUGGCACCAGUUCUCGUAGCUGUUUUGUAAUCUUAUUGAUACCAGCUGUUGGGAGGUCCCAAAGCCUACUUAGAUUUCUGUAGGUGAUGUAUCAAAUGAGCAGUAUACCAUUCAUCUGAAAAUAGUAGCACACAGCCAUAUAUAAGAUAUAAUUUUCUAAGGACUUUUUCACAUUGGGCAGAACAGGCAUAAAUGAUGGUUAUUUAGACUAAGUCUGUCGGUUUUUUUAUACAAGAUAUUCAGUACUCCAUGCAGUGUGGAUCGUGAGUAGUAAAGAAUGGUGCUGCUCCUGACAAAUGUGUUAACUGUUUACAUUUUAUAUCUGCAGAAUUAUUUCUGAAUUGCUCCAAAGUGAAUGUCACUGAAGUGUCAUUAUCACUGAAAUAUAUUUCUGCAAUGAGCCUAGGCAUCUUUUUGUUAUCAUUGGAAUAAUGAACUGAGAAAGGAUACUGAAGUCAGUGGCCAGGUCCUGAACAGAAAAUCAUUGAAAUGAGUAACCAGUAGAAUCACAAGUACAAUCAGUAUGUGAUGUCUGAAGGUUUACCUGGCGUGGAUUCGCAUACUGACUGCAAA